GAUUUCGGUAGAGGUUCAAGUGUUCAACGAUUUCUUCUAAUCCUCAUCUUCAACAAUUGUUUACGAUCUUUCAAGCCGUGAAUUUUACUCAACGUCAUGAAAUCGUCAAUUGAUCAAGUUAUGGAUGAUUUGGAUAUGCAUGACAUCGAAAACAAUCAUCUUGAUGAAGAAAAUCAUCAGUUCGGUUAUACUGAUUCAGAGUUUCUUCAUAACGAGGAAAAUCAAUCGGAAACCCAAGAUAUGAAUGACAUCGGAAAUGAUCAUUACGAUGAAGAAAAUCAUCAAUUCAGAUAUGGUGAUUCAGAGAUUCUGGAUAAUGAUGGAAAUCAAUUGGAAAUCCAAGUUCAAAGUGACAAUGUUGCAGCACAAUAUGGCUCUUGCAAACAAUUCAUUGGAGCUGAUGGUUCUUUAUUUUGGAUUCCAGAGGUUGAACCUGGUUGGAUACCUACUUUGGGUUCAAUUUUUAAAGAUAUCAAAGAUGCUAUUAAGUGGUAUAAAGGAUAUGCAUUAAGAUCUGGUUUUGAUAUUAGAAAAUCAACAGAGAGGAAAAAGAGUGGAAUCACAACUUCGAAAUAUUUUAUAUGCAAUAGAGGGGGAUUGCCAAACACUUCUACCUUAGACACAAUUAGUGAUGAUCAUAAUAAGCAAUUGAGAAAUAGUAAUUGUAAACGCACAAAUUGCAAAGCUUUUGUUGCAUUCAAAGCUAUACCACAUUCUUCAGAAGUUUACCUGUGGCGCUUUGAACAACAACACAACCACAAAUUGAUCAAUCAAGAUUGUAUGCAUCUUUCAAGAGCUAAACGUCAGUUGAAUGUUGUUGAUCAAGCUUUUAUAGUGCAAAGAUGUGACAAGAAGCGGUUAAAUGCUCUAUUUUGGGCUGAUGACACUUCAAAACAAAACUUUGAGUUAUUUGGGGACGUUGUUUCGUUUGACGCAACAUAUCGUACAAACAAGUAUUGUAUGGUAUUUGUACCUUUUACUGGCAUUGAUAAUCACAAAAGGUGCGUCACUUUUGGAGCUGGUUUGUUGUGUAGAGAAGAUACAAAUUCCUAUAUUUGGUUACUUCGGUCAUUCUUGAAGUGUUUUGGAAAAGCACCAAUCAUGGUCGUGACCGAUCAAGAUCCAGCAAUGAAAAAAGCUAUUGAGAUAGUAUUUCCAUACACAAAACAUAGAUUUUGUAUGUGGCAUAUCACAAGUAAACUUCCAUUGAAGGUAAGUUGGGAAACAAUGAAUGAAUCAGAUUUUAAGGCGGACUUCAAUAGUAUAGUAUGGGACUCCAAAAUUGAUGUCAAUGAGUUUGAAAUGAGAUAG